AGUGUAAAUGGGCUGUGAUUUAACACACCCAAUCCCCUUCUUUUGUAAAAUCAGGUUCUGAUUCUGCUGCCUGGCAUUGCUCACCUAAUACCGAGCAUGUAAGGAAAUUCAGUCCACUUGCUUGAGUAAUGAUGCUGUUUCCAUGAGCCCAUGUGAUGCUUGGAUAGUGCAGCUGCUGCUUCUCUCUCCUUCUCCUGUUCUUCCAAUCUCAGGCUGUCAUGGCGACUCCCAACAAUGCUACUCCCACCAACUGCAGCUGGUGGCCCAUUUCAGUUCUUGAGAAUGAUGCAGGGAAAUCUGCGGAGGUUGAGGACAGCCAGGACCCAACAAACCCCGCUCUCAGAUCCAAGGAUAGGCUGGUUUUGUAUCACUGGACCCAGUCUUUCAGCUCACAAAAGGUCCGCCUGGUCAUCGCGGAGAAGGGGCUGCCGUGCGAGGAGCGGGAUGUCAGCAUGCCCCUGACUGAGCACAAGGAGCCCUGGUUCAUGCGUCUCAACCUCGGAGAGGAGGUGCCCGUGAUUAUCCAUGGAGACAACAUCAUCAGUGACUACAACCAGAUCAUCGACUACAUGGAGAAGAACUUCACAGGAGAAAAUGUUACCCAGCUGAUCCCCGAUGCCGGGAGCAUUCUUCACACAAGAGUGGUGCAGUACAGAGAGCUCCUGGACUCACUGCCCAUGGACGCCUACACUCACGGCUGUAUCCUCCAUCCCGAGCUCACCACUGACUCCAUGAUUCCAAAGUACGCUACAGCUGAAAUCCGCAGACACUUAGCUAAUGCAAGCACGGAGCUGAUGAAACUGGACUACGAAGGGGAGCCCCAGCUGACUGAGCCAUACCUUUCCAAACAGAAGAAACUCAUGGCCAAGAUCUUGGAACAUGACAAUGUGAGCUACUUGAAGAAAAUCCUUGGAGAGCUGGGAAUGGUGCUAGACCAGAUUGAGGCCGAGCUGGAGAAGAGGAAACUCGAGUAUCAAGGGCAGAAGUGUGAACUCUGGCUCUGUGGCUGCGUCUUUACCUUGGCCGACAUCCUACUGGGGGCCACCCUGCACCGCCUCAAAUUUCUAGGACUGUCUAAGAAAUACUGGGAAGAUGGCAGCAGACCCAACCUACAGUCCUUCUUUGACAGGAUACAAAAACGCUUUGCCUUCAGGAAAGUUUUGGGAGACAUACACACCACCCUUCUCUCGGCUGUGGUACCCAAUGCCUUCAGGCUUGUCAAACGGAAACCCCCCUCCUUCUUUGGAGCCUCCUUCCUCAUGGGAUCUCUGGGGGGAAUGGGAUAUUUUGCUUAUUGGUAUUUGAAGAAAAAAUACAUCUAAUGCUGGCUGUUUGGUGUUUA